GCGAGAAAGCCCUCCGCUACACGGCAAUGCCAAAGUCGGUGCGCUGCAGUGCGGACGCGUUUUUUAUUUCUCUUCUUGUUUCUCUGCUCGAAUCGAACCGUGGUCGGCCGCGGUAUUGUAUUAUUUUGACUGUGAGUGGUGAAGAACGAUGAAACGCACCUCGUCGGCCCUGUGCGAGUGCUGCUGUAGAAACUGAAUUCAAUAUUGGCGAAAUUUUGCUGUGCUUAUCUGGGCCGAAAGAUUAGCUAGUGGUUUGUGAAUGCAUCCAGAACGAGUGAUAACAGACGGAAGCAAUGAGUGAGACGAGGCCGCAAGUUGAAAGAAUGUGAAAUCGCUUCCAUGAUAAGAAUAAAUACCUUUCGUGCUGGGCUGGAACAGUUCCAUUUCUUAUAUUUCGACCGGAUAAUGGCGAUAGUGGGAAGUUGUUGAAAAUCGUAUCGUUCUGUUGAGAGAUUGUGCAAAAAGUUGUGUGUGAGCACCGAAAACGGAAAUAUAAUUGCAAUUUUUCUCCUUCGAAAAUAGCAUCUUAAAAAGAGUACGCAGUGAGAAAAAAGAUGUGAUGUGCAGACAUGGAUGUUUUUUUUUAUUUUCUUUUGCAAAAAUGGAAGUGUCAUCCGCUGGAAUGGAUAACGUUUUUAAAGCAGCAGCUGUAGUGGAUUACAUGAUUGAUCUUUGGGAAUAACAGUGGCAGUGGUUCAGAAAAGUGCGUUAGGUCACAUUGGCUAGUGGUGAAGAAAAUCGUUCGGGAAGGAAUUGCAGUCCAGCUUGGUGAGCCGAACUGACAAACGAUCCUCCAGCCCCGGGGAGUAUGGGGUCCGGACGAUAGUGUGUGCGAUGAGUGAUUGUUGUUUCGGUGGCAGAUCCUCGUCAUUUGCAGUUCGGCAAGUUUUGAUUUCGGCAGUGAUUGUGAUUGUGAGCUGAUAGCACGAUGAACGUAGGACAACAUAGCGGUCCCGGACCGCCACUAAACCGGAGCGGUUGCUCGGAUCGCUCGGUUACUGGACCCUCCUGUCGGGCGCUGCGUACCGCAGUGUCCGCCCUGUACUGCUUGGAUGACUUCAUUCGGGAGAAGAUCGGUUCGGGCUUUUUCUCCGAAGUUUACAAGGUGACGCAUCGUACGACCGGUGACGUAAUGGUGCUAAAAAUGAACCAAUUGCGAGCAAAUAGGCCCAACAUGCUGCGGGAGGUUCAACUGCUGAAUAAACUUUCGCAUCCUAACAUACUAAGAUUUAUGGGCGUCUGUGUGCAGGAAGGUCAGCUGCACGCCCUCACCGAGUACAUCGAGGAUGGUUCGCUGGAGCAGCUAAUCGCGAACAGUGCCGUAUAUCUGUCACCGCUGCUGAAGAUACGGCUCGCGCUCGGAAUCGCCAGAGGAAUGCAGUACGUGCACGACGUCGGUAUCUUCCAUCGGGAUCUGACGAGCAAGAACGUGCUGGUGAAGCGGACGGCGGACGGAAUGUUCGAUGCGGUGGUCGGAGAUUUUGGACUGGCAGCCAAUAUCCCGCGGAAAUGUGGCAAACCACGACUGGACACAGUAGGCUCGCCCUACUGGAUGAGCCCCGAAUGUCUGAAAGGGCAAUGGUACGACCAAACCAGUGAUGUGUUUUCCUACGGUAUCAUCCUCUGCGAGCUGAUAGCUCGGAUUGAGGCUGAUCCUGACAUAAUGCCAAGGACUGAUUCGUUCGGGCUGGACUAUAUUGUGUUCGCAGAUCUUGCUCCGAAUGACACGCCUCCGGCGUUUCUAAGACUGGCUUUUUUUUGUUGUACCUAUGAUCCAAAGAGUCGCCCCACAUUCACCGAAUGCAUCAAAAAGUGCACGCUGCUGUCGGACGUAUGUGAGGAUAGUUACAGUCACCAGCAACAGCAGCAGCUUCAACGACAUAGUAUAAGCAAUGGCAAUAAUACAAAUACCGUCCCACCUUCGCUUUCGCCAAGCGUCACAGCAAACGGUUGCAACCCAUCGUCACCAGUGACACCGCCAGCAUCUUCCUCGUCUGUACAUAAUAGCAUUAGCACUCACAAUACAUCAGCUAUCGUCAACGGCAAACCAGCCGCCGGUAAGCGAAACUCGAUAGACGUGGCAAACCUCAGCCCCACCAAUGAAUCGGCUCCCGCCGACAAGGAAGUUCUCAGCCGAGAGAACAGUCUGAACGGCGACCGGGACUCGGACAAUCCAAUGCAACAUCGAAGAUCUCUAUCGGAGAACGUAAUUGUCUUCCCGCCGCAUACCACACCCAGUGACAAGGCACGCUACCACAUGUACCAGCGGACGGCCGCUAGUAGCAAGCUGGCCGAAUCAGUUAUUCCCGAAUCGCCUACCUAUUCCAACCAGACACUCCGGAAGGUUGCGGAAACGAUGCUACUGAAGGAUCCCCAGUACAAACCACGAUCGAAAACCGACCAGGGAGGCGCUCCGAAGGCGAAUCCUUUCGCAGCCCUGUCGCAGCUUAAGGGAGUCAAAAAGAUUCUCGGCCCAAAUCCGGCGGUCACCACGUACAGCUCAGGGGAUUUAUUCAGUUCCUGUUUCGAAAUGUCUGCUCCGUUGCUACGCGAAUGGAAUAUAGUACAAAGCCGAACGGCCAAAAGUCGGGACGUGGUGGGCAGUGGCGGCAGCAGCUCCGAAGGCCAACCAAAAAGUUUGCCCAGUUCUCCGACUUCCCCGCGAAAGGAGUACUGUGACGACGAUGAGGACACUAGUGCCGCCAAGUUUAAGUCCAAAGCCAAACCCAUGGAUUCAUCGGAAAUCAACUCGACAGACGAAAACUUCAACCAGGCCGGUUAUAGUUUUGCGCGUAAAGUUUCGCUUGGUGGUUCGGGCAUUAAAAAGUAUCGCGCCAAUUUCACCGAACUCUCUAGUCAUCCGCUGUACAAAAGUGGGGCAAUCGAGACUGAAUCAGGGGACAGCUGCAAUGGGGAAGGGGCCAGCCAAACUGUAGCGACUGCAAGCGUAGCGAACUCCACUGCCAACACUGACAGCGGAACUGAAGAGGGUGGAAACGAUACCGUCCCUGUGGCGACGGUUAGUGGGAACACAGUGGGUGGGAUCAAAAAGUCCUCGUCGACCGUGAUGGGAGACGGGAUUCUAGAAACGCCAAGAAUACUUACCAGAAGAGGGUCCACCGAAAGUGGGUUCUUUUCCUGUCUGAAUGAAGACUUUAGCACGUACAAAUCGCCACAGUGCAGCUGCUUGGAAAAGGCUAAUUUUGAAUCUUCGGAGCGGCUCCCCGUUUGCCGAUGCGCUUACGGUGGAGGUGUCAAUAAUUUAGCCGCGAGAUUAGAGGAUCUCGAACUGUCCUCCAAUCAAACGCUAAACGACAGCUCCAGUGUGCUGCUGUACGAUGACUCAUCUACGAAUGUGAGCUCCCUGAGAAGCAUGGACGAUCUCGAGCUGUCGGAUUCGAUCAGAAAGAAAUUUCACUAUCGGCAUCACGUACUCAGUAACGUGGAUAUUGACGCAAGGUCCAUCGACAUGGGCUUGAUCAACAGGCUAGCGCUGGACUCGGAGAUCAACAGCAUGAUUCAGAAAAAUCAAUUCGCAAACCAGCUGCUCUAUUGCAAGAACCGAUCAUCAUCCAUUUUUACCGAUAGCUCAGACGAUAUUAGUUCGCUAGCUGGUUCAGAUUCAUUGCUAUGGGACGACCGCUCCUUCACAACGAUUCCGAAUACACGAUCCGCGCAGAUCGCUAAGAUAGUCGAAUAUUUCGAGCGAAAAGGUCAAACAUUCAAACCAUUCACCGUACCUGAUUCGGCCUUCGGUUUAUCCUCGGGACAUUCCGGUUCGUCGGCUUCGUCAACGUCAUCUUCGGCAUCCGGGGUGCACCAUCCAUACCAGUACCAUCAUCAUCCUCAUUUGCACCGAAGUCCCGGUGUAGGAAAUGGGAUCAGUGAUCCUGCGGGAACAACAGCGGCAACCCGUCGAACGUCCAACGGCUUCUGCAAGUUUUCCACGGCUGCUGAAUUGCGCCAACGAACGAACGAGUAUGAGGCCUUCUGUUUGGAUCUGGAACGAACGCAAACAUCGGCAGCGUCUUCCAGUGCUAUCCAGCAGCAGCAGUACUAUCAGCAUGCCCCGCCAACCGUCACCCAUCAUCGUUUGAACAACAUAUGCGAAGGCAACGUACGCUCGAAGCUGCAGCUUUUUGACAAAAUGAAACAGCAGAAUGGUGGCCCCGGGGGAGCUCCAGCUUCGUCGGCCUCGAGCUCGGGAAGCUCGAACAGCAUUAAUGGGGGCGUAACGACGCCGGCUACUUCCGGUUAAGUUGAAGCAGAAAGAAAUCGGGCAUCUCAAAUUGGUGCAACGUAGGGGAGGAAAGAUUGUUUAUAGACCCAGUGGAAAUCAUUUCUCGGUAUGAUUUUUUUUGUGUGUCCCUAACGUUAGCAAAAAAAGCAUAUUCUUCGGAUUUCAGGACAUAGGAAACCGAUUGGUUUUUAAAUUUAAAUUAGAUACCUUCUCGUCAUUCUACAAUUAUUUUCCACAGCAAGCUCCCGCUGAAGUUACAAGAAUAAUUGUGUAAUUUAAAAAUUUCCAAAUAAUAAAUUGCCGGAAUGAUUUUCAGAAA